CCUACCCCUGGGGACUGAAAUGGAACGGUCCUUCCCUUGUCACGGCGAAGUUAUGGCUAGAGUUUAGAUGAUGUAUUAGUUAACAGUAUUAUUCUAAGAUGCUGCUCCCUGAUGCAAACUUAUGAAGGCAGCAGAAAUAAAGCUGUGCAUUUGGGAAAUUCUAUUGGUGCAGUUUGACACUUCGGUUAUCUGUAAUGGAGUAUUUGGAAAAACUGAAACAUUGUUUCAAAGUGUCUUCCUACGAGGAGCAUAAAAUGGAACUUCGAGAUGCACAUCUGAAACUAUCCUUGACAAGACAGAGGAACUCCACAAGCUACCAUACUUCAUGAGGUAGCAUGGAAGUACCAUGGCGCUUACUACACCCGCUGUUGAUCUUUCCACUCAAGGAGAAAGCGGGAUUAAAAUAAAAAAAGAAAAGGAGGAUGAGGUUCCAAGUAAAGAAAAAAAUUGCACAGAAAUCAACAAAUUUAUUGUUAAUGAUCCACAGUUAUCUGAGUUACAGUCUCGCAACAUUACUAUCACAGUUGCAAGUGCAGCCCAAGGAGAAAAAUCAGGUUCUGUUCCUAAGUCUUCAACUCAGAUUCCUCCAAAAACACCUAAUACUUCAGUUUCUGUAAAGCCUGAUCCUCCUCCCAUUGAUUAUCCCAGUAUAUGUGGAGCAUUUGGUUGGACUACUAUCGGAUCUGUACAUUUGCCUUUCAUAAUGCGUGGAGAAGACAGAUUUGUUGCAGUGCGAAUGGUUGAAUGUAAAAUAAUCAGCAAUUAUGCAGAUAUUCUUCCAUGGACAGUAUUUACUUGCACGAACAUAAAAAGUUACUAUAUUACUGAAAAUGAAGCAAAAUUGCUCAAUGAAAUAAAUGGUUUUCAUUGUGAAUUUCAGUUUGGUUAUCAAACGUUUACUUCCAAGGAUGUUGUUGUUCGUCUUAAAGACACUGUAAAAUUUUAUGAAUUUCUUGAAACUUGUAAGACAAAACUCAACAUCCAAGGAGCAAAUCCGGUUUUUAGUGAUCACUGUGGUUACUUUAUCAUUAAUUAUGCUCCUGUACCAUUUGUUAGAAAAGGUACCAAAAAGUAUGUUCCAUUAAAUAUGGUUUAUCCUGAAGGUGUAUCACCUCCAGUAUCAAGUACUGAAACUGUGACUGAAUGGGAUCUAGCUUAUUUAAGAUUUUUGUGCUCUCUUGCCAAUUUAGAUCAAAGGAAAUUUAAACUUGAUAUACAGUUAUGUUGUACAGAAGAUCUUCAAAAUGCUCUUGGUGGUAUUAUGUUUGAAGAGUGGUGGCCAAAUAUGCAAUAUUCUUCCAAAACUGAUAGGUCACAUAUUGCAUCUUCCAGUGAUGUUUUGCCGAAGUGGGGAGAAUCAACACCUGUUGUUCAAUCAACAGCUGUGGGAGUUGAUAGCUCUAAAAUGCUCAGGGAAAAAAUGAAUGAAAUUCAAGACAAAGAUAGCAUGUUGAAUUCCUUUUUGGGUUUGAACAAAUUUUUAGAUAUGAAUACACCAAUGCUAAAACCUGCUCAUGCAACCAGGAAUCCUCACGAGCAAGCCAAUGUUUUAAACUCCAUUCAGAACAGUGAAAAGGCUAGCAUAUUUCCAGCAUCUUUAGAAAACUUCCUGGCCACAUCAUCGUCUUGUAAUUACCCGUAUCCUGUGAAUUAUCGUAAUCAGUAUACUGGUCACAUACAAAGCGACUAUGACCCAUGCCGAAAGGCUGACGGAAGCUUGCCAUCGCUUGCCUCGGGGAGGCCUAGACCAUUUCCUCCACCUCCACCUCUUGUGAGGCUGGGAGGUUCUCGUGUGAAUUCUGUUCCUGGAGAACACGGAAUGGUGCCAAAAGCAUCACCAUCCCUAUAUCCAUAUUUACCUGCACCCACUUCAAAUGCAUCAUGUCCUCCCUGGCUGGCCCGCAUUUUAGAACCUGACUGGUUACGAGAGGAUGAACGAGCAGUAUUACAAACAGAUGCUCCUGAAAAUUUAUCACGGAGACUGAGUGAACAUGAUGCGUGGUGUCCAACAUCUCUUUCAUCUAGUAUUAAUUUAAAUGGAGCUGGCUCCUCAAGUAUACCGAGAAGUAAUAGCAACUCUGUAAGUGCUGUCAGAGAUAACUAUGAUUUCAGUCAUGGAACUUUGUGUCGAGAUGACAGAGUGUUACAUUCUCAUGGGGGUAGUCCAAGGCUUCUAGCUGGCUCUGGUCCUCCACCUCAUUAUCCUACACCUCCACAGUCAUCACCACUGCAACCAUUGUCCCUUUUAGAAUGUGCUGCUGUGCCAGGUAUGACGGAUCUUUACGCCACGAGAUCAACUCCUAAUGGUCUUGUUGAUUUGUGUAGUCCACCCCCGUCACCUGAAAUUCGAACAGCAUUAUCUAACAGCCCAAGAGGCUCACAUUUGUCCAAUUAUGGUUAUCAGCCUCAUAUAACCCGCCUGGUGCAGGUUGAUUCUCGCUAUGUACUUGCAAUCAAUAUUGAACCGCUUAAGUAUAACUCCUUGCUAGCGGUUCCUAUUUCAGAUGUGGUUAAUAAGUUCCUUAGAGGCACUUCAGUACAGUCCUGCCAGAUUGUAUUAGAAACUGUAUUUGGAUUACACCUGUAUGAAUGUACUAGUUUACAACAGGAAGCAUUUGCCAAGCAUAAUUUAACUAUCGUACCCGGUAGCAAGUUAGUUCUGUUGUCUGACCUCAAGAACAGUUUAUAUCAACUUAGGUUUUUAUUGGUUGAGAAAGAGAAGCAAAAAGAGAAACACUGUGACAUUGGGACAGCUGAAUUACCUUUAUCAAAACGUUGGUGUGGUAAUGCUCGUGAAUGCUGAGCAUUGCAUCAUUCCUUUCGCCACUGGCAGUUUUUCUCACAGAGACAGAGAGAAUGAUUUCAUUUUAUGUUUCCAUGUCAGCUAGCAACCAAAAGUCUUAAAUAUGAAUCUCAUUUGUUAAUUCAGUUCCAUUCAUUUGUAGUCUGUAAAGUAUUAUUAACAAAGAAGCCAGUGGCAGAUGUGUGUGUGAAUCCCACCUCAUAUUUUAGAACUACCAUGCGUGCAAAUUUUAAUCUAUUUUUUCAUGUUAUCGAUUAUGUUGAUACUGCAUUUACUGUACAUAGAUGUGUUAGUGUUAAUAAUGCAGAAAGACAAAAGUAAAUUAAAUAUGUUGUGAUUAUGACUAGUUUUGUCUCUUCGUUUCAUUUGACAUUAAAUUAUUAAAAAUUCUAAUUUGUGACCAUGCAGUUAACAUAUUACUGAAGGAAGUGAAGUAAUUAUUUAUUUAUAUAUAUUGCAGUAAAAUAACUGAUGGUUUUGGCAAACCAAAAAUGAUUGCAACAUCAAACAUGGAUGAAACUUUAGCCUAUGAAAGAUUAUAUACAUUUUAUUAAUUUUAAAUGUUUUCAUAUUCUAGUUUAAUUUUUUUAAUACUACAGUUGCUCCUUCAGAUAUGCAAUGCUUGUGUGACUUUAUGCUUACUAUACGGGUUACAUACAUACCGCAAUCUGUCUUGUUGCAGUAUAUGUCAGACAUUACAAAAAUACUGUUUUUCAGGAAUUAUUAAGUACUAACCUUCAUUGCUUAAAAUGUUCAUUCAUUGAGAUUUUUCAGCUAUUGAUUUCUUGGUUGUAAUAAAUUACUGAAAUUUAAUGUUAUUUCAUAAUACAGACAUUAUGUGUAAAUAAACAUUAAUAUACAACAUUACUAAAUUUAAGUGUUGCAUCAUGUUAUGAAGCAUUUUAUUGUAUAGGUAAAAUAUAUUGUUUUAAAAUAAUUUCAUUUGCUAAAUUAUUUUUCAAUUUAUAUAAAUUUUAGGGCCAAAUAUAAAUUCCAAAACUAUUUAUGCCUGCCAAAGUGACAUGCAUUUAAUCUAGUAUUGUUCAUACACAUAUUGUGUAGAUAUUACAUGUAUGUGAUUUGUAAACAGAAACUGUCUGUUAGUAAUAGUAAAAAUAAAUUAAAUUUUUUUUAAUACACAAA